ACACUAUUCCACGCAGUCAGCUUCCCAAGAUGCACUUAAAGUUAUAAGGGUUUCCAAUACUCUAGAAUCACACUACUUAUAACCUUGUUUUACGAUCUUCUUCUAGGGCACAGGUAGUGUGUUCGCUGCAUUUCAGUUGAGAACACCUUAAAACCUGCCUGCAAACUAUCUCGAGGAGCUAGAUUUGUUGGCAUUGAAACGAUCCUGCAGUCAGUAUAGUACAGCACUGCCCUCGGUACUGACCACAGGUAUCCCCAGUUAGUACGCGACUGUUAGUUCAUUGCAAUUGACCAAAGGAGUCUAGUUCUAAGUGACUCCUGAGAUAGACUAAUGCAACCGAGCUGCCUGGAAAUACACACAUGAAACCCAUCAAAUAAUUCAUUUUUAACGUAUAACAAUGUAGAAAUAAUUUGUUCACUCUCCAAUGUGCACGCCGAAACCGCUGCACGUCCUUUUAUUCACAGACUGCAGUGGAAAGUAUUUGCUUUUUUCUUUCGGAUACGCCGAGUCAAUCCGCCUGAGCUAGCAAAAAGCAACACUCAGGAAUGGGCACUGUUUUGAGAUUUCGGCUGGUCACAGUGCUCAGCUUGAUAAUGCUAGUGGAAUUGAUUGUGACCACACGGGAUUACUACGACGUUCUGGGAGUUUCACCGUCUGCUACCGACAGACAGAUCAGAAAGGCUUUCCACAGACUUGCUAUGAAGUACCAUCCCGAUAAAAACAAGAGCUCAGAAGCCGAGAUUCAAUUCAGAGAAAUUGCUGAAGCAUAUGAAGUGCUCUCUAAUGAAGAAAAAAGAAGAGAAUAUGACCAAUUAGGGCAACAGGCUUUUGAUGAGGAGGGGAAUGACUUUGCCCAACCCUUUUUCACCUUUAGUUUUGAUGACUUCUUUCAGGAUUUUGAGAUAGACACUGACAACAUGUUCUGGGAUAGCGCAGACACGAAUGAGGAAUUCCAGAACCAUCACUUUCAGGAGCAUGGCUAUGACAGACAUGACUUUUUUGAUGGGGACAGUUUUUUUGGGGGGAAUGAGUUUGAAGAGUCGGAUAUGGAACUAGGAGAGGGCAGCUUUAAAAGCAGUGUUGAAGGGGGGAGGUUUUGCAGGAGAGUUACACAAAUUGAUGAGGGUAUAGUUAAAACCUUUACAGAAUGUGAUGAUUAUUAGGAAAUUGAUUGAAGACUGAGGAUUUAUAUAGCUAUUUUUCAAUGCAUUGAAAACAUAAUAAAUUAUAUUUAUUUCUAAAUAUGGACUCCUUUAUCACUCCAUGUGGAACUUUUUGUUUACAUUUGAUAUUUCAUCUAGUACUUUUUACCAUAUUUGUAACAAAUGAUUCAGUACCUUUUUAAUUAGCAGUACCACAUGAAAUCUCUUGUCGCCAUGGAAAUGCAGUAAUUAACUAGCUUCACUGCAGCAUAGCACUGAAACUCCCUACUUUUAAAUAGUAAUGUCUGUGUGCUGUUCAUGUUCUGCCUCUGUGGUAUUUUAAAGAUAUUUGUAAAAAAUAAAAUGAAGAAAAAAGUUAUUUUCCAACUUCCUGCUA